GUUAUAGUUUGUUUAAUCUGUGCAAAAGAGGGAGAAAAAAGAUAUGGCUGGCCGUUGUUGCACUGUGUUUUUCUGAAUUAUUACCGUUAUCUUCCCGUAAUUCUGUGAGGGAAAUUAAAUUCUUUAUAUUUUAGAAACAAAACUUAAAUAUUUAAUACGUUGUCGAAUCAAAAGUGAAUAUGUCUUUUUCCUUCGGCACUCCGUCGAGUGCUCCUGCUACGACAGGAUUAACAGGAGGCUUCAACUUUGGCGCUAACAAACCGGCAACACCCGGUUUUGGUUUGACGGCGACCUCGCAGCCGUCUGGCCUCUUUGGGAGCACCCCAGCGACAGAAGCGCCAGCAUUUGGUAGUGCUACCCCUGCUUUUGGCGCUACAUCCACUGCCCCGGCCUUUGGGGCUUCGUCGACGCCUGCAUUUGGUGCUACCGCGACUCCGGCUUUCGGGGCUGCAGCGACGGCCUUUGGCACGGGGACUCCGGCAUUCGGUGCUACUUCAGCAGCACCAGCUUUCGGCACGACGACACCGGCCUUCGGAUCCACAGCGCCACCUAGCUUUGGUGCAACAACAACACCUGCGUUUGGUGCGAGUGCUGCACCUACGUUUGGUACCACAACGCCAGCAUUCGGAAGCACAGGGUUGGGGACUGGUGGCCUGAACUUUGGAGCAGGUUCUAAUGCUGCUACAAGUGGCACAGGGCUAAGUUUUGGUACACCCGCAACAUCGGCCAGCACUGGCCUAGGUGGUCUCGGCAGCUUUGGCUUUGGAGCCACAGCAUCAACACAAAGCACUGGGUUUGGAGUAUUCGGUUCUACGAGUACAGCAACCACUACUACUAGUUUACUUGGUGCAAAGUUGGGUACAACUAGCGUUACUGGCACACAACCCUCAAUUUCAGCAGCACCAAGCUUCGGUUUGGGUGGUGUAGCCCCAAAUACAAGCAGGAUUGGAGUUUCAAAUACUUCCACUGCUGAUGCUAAAAGUGAACCGCCAAAGCAAAAUAAAUUGCCAAAUGAAAUUUCUACUACAGUGGAGUCGUUUAAGGAAUUUGUGAAGAAGCAGAAGUCACUUAGUUCAGAAGUAAUGAGGGCGUCUGUCAAGCCAUUGUACAAGGUAUCCCGCGAGGCAGAGUCGACAUUACGCGAGGUGCUGUCGCUGAGCGGCGAGCUGAGCCGCGGCCGCGCGCACUCCCGCCGCCUCCGCGCCGCCGCCGCCGCCGCGCUCGCCGCCGCCGAGACCGCCACCAGGGACUACACCACACCCGGUUCGGAGUUAGAAGGCACCGCUCCGCCAGCCUACGUGAAGGAGUUAAUAGCUGAGUUGGAACAACAGCUGAUCACGUUCCGACGACAGAUGGACGUCGCCGACAAACAGAUGCAAUCGUCGCCUAAACUGCUUAGUGAACAAGAGUUGACAAUGGGUAUCAGACGUAUGCAUGAGUCGCUAGUGGCGUUGGCGGGCCGCCUACAAGCCGUCCACACGCAAGUUGAAGCACAGAAGGAACAAUAUCUCAAUUUACGGAAGUACAUACUCAAGGAUCCAACCAACGUCUUCGAUGCACCAUCUCCUAGCACAAGCCUGGACCAAAUCCUUCGGGAUGCCGAGACCAACAGGAAAAAGUUGAAAUCUGGUGCCUUUACUGACAUCAGCCAAGGAAGUGCUGUACUCUCAGAUCCUCGAGCUGCAUUAGGUAACCUGCAGCAGUUGGCGGGACCAACUCCCUUUACUUAUGUUGGCAGUGCCAUGUCCCCGUUCCCGUCGGUAGACGCCAGUGGUCCUUCAUGGCAGCCGCAAUCGACGCCUGCUCUGAACUCUUCGUUGAAUACUAGCUUCGGUAUCUCCCAAGCGGACACGUCUGUCGGCUUCCAGCUACAGAAACCGCCCGGCAAGCGAGGGAAGCAAUGAUAUUGGCGUUAGUGUGCGCAAGUGUCACGUGCUAAAUGACACUGGACAAUCAUAGAAUAGUGCUAUUUAAAAAAAAAAAUAGGCGGUUAAAACAUCGUGAUUCUAAUUAGUCCUCAUUUUAGAUUGGCAAAAAAUCUUGGACACGUAUCUUUAUUUUAACAAAAUAUUAACCGUCGUACCACAAAAACUUUUAAACGUCUGUUGAACACUUGUCAAAAAAAAUGACCGAUUAUGACGUUGAAAUAAUAUCUGUUAUGCAGCGACAAUUUUUUUAGACAAGUGUAAAACAGAUGUUUAAGUUUUUGUAGUAAGGUUGUUAAUGUUUACUAAGAUAUAACGCAACAAAGAUUGUGAGUGGGGGCUCGUGACGUCACGUCUAUGUAAAAUUUGUACUUGAAAGUGACGUAACACAAAAUUCAAUCGUGUUGUAUCUUCGUUGCUAUUUGUUUGUGAGAGAAAAGAAUAAAUACGUGUUCUUUAUUUUAGGGUUAUCUAAAAGACGGACUAAUUACUUUUUCAUUCGCCAUGCCUGUUGUAUAUUAAUAAACUAGCAACCCCUUCGCAAGGGUAUAAAUUGUAAAAACUUAAUGAAUCUUUUGAGUAAUGGUAUAAACUGCAUGAAAAUCCGUUUAUUUGUCUAUGAGUUGUUAGCGGACAGACUGACGCAGCAGGACUUAGUUUUAUAAUAUUACGCGUCCGCGGUCCGAGGGAUCUGCUUUCCUCACUCUAAUAAAAAAUAUGUUUAUAUGUUACUCAGAUAUAUAAGCUGCAUUAUCAAAAAGUUUCAUCAAAAUCCAUCCAGUAGUUUUGCGUGAAAGAGUAACAAACAUACAUACAGCUUCACAAACUUUCGUAUUUAAUAGCAUGUAGUGUCAAUAAUAUUGAACCCAUGUUUUAUUUGCAAGCCUAGUCCGAACAGACUUACAGAAAAGUUGAUUUUUGAUUGCAUGUAUUCAUAGAUAACCGGAAGUAAAAUCUUGAUAUUGUUUUUCAUCAAAUCUAUACUUAAUAUUAUAAAGCUGAAGAGUUUGUUUGUUUGUUUGAACGCGCUAAUCUCAGGAACUACUGGUCCGAUUUCAACAUUUCUUUCAGUGUUAGAUAGCCCAUUUAUCGAGGAAGGCUAUAGGCUUUUUAUCCCAGUACGGGAAGAAGUUCCCACGGGAUGCGGGUGAAACCGCUGGCAGAAGCUAUUAUAAGAGUCGUUCCGGCUAGGCCCAUCGAAAUCGGUUAAAGUGUACCACUCAUAUAAGUAGAUAUUAUGAAUUUGUCCAUUUAAUAUGGUAAAUGUUAUAACAUCGUUAUUGAAGAGCUUGUGGCUAUGUCGGAGCCCCGUGGAUCGAUCGAUCAUAAGGUUAAGCAACGCUUGGCGCGGCGGGUCCGUUGAUGACGAGUUCUGUGUUUUGGAUGGCACGAUAAACUGGUGUGUCCCGGCUGUCAUUUGAACAUCUUUGGCAGUCGUUACGGAUAAUCUUAAGCUAGAAAGUCUGACAACCCAUCUCACCAAGAGAUUGCCCGUGUGACUGAGUUUAGAAGGUCAGAUAGGCAGUCGCUCCUUCUAAUCUGGCUGUAUCCGGUUAGAUUGGAAGCCGACCCCACAAAGAUGCAAAAAGGUUAGCCAGAUGAUGAUGUCUGUGUGCCUGAGAAAAAAGCAGCGCGUUUUUCUGUAGCGAUAGUUCGGCGGCUAUCGUUGUACUUCGGAUCCAUGCUGUUUUUCGAUUAAGGGUGCGUCUACACGAUGCAUAUAGCUGAAGCAAAUUACUAAAGUGACAAAUGACAAGAGCACGCGGGUGGGUAUUUCGCUUUGGUUAAAUGCGCGAGUCGCACGUUUUUACAAUGCAUGUAAGCUGCGCAUGUGCCUCUACAUGCGUGAGCUACUUGCACCGUGUAGAUGCACUCUACAGAUUGAUAGUUAACAUUAGCUUCAUAUAAAUUAUAUCAAAAUAUCAUAUAUUCAUCAUAAUGUAUAAUCGAAAAACAAGGGAUGGAUCGGUCAUAUCGGUAACGAUAACCGCUGAACCAUAGCCGAUUUGACCAAGCGGCAAAUACCUACACGACUGGUUAUGUUUUGAGUAUUUUUAUAAUUAAAUUGUGCUGGGUUUUACAAUUUCCAAACAUUAAAAUCAAGUUACAGAUUACCACAUCCAGUCCAAACAUAUGAAACUAGUAAGAUUAUUAUGUAAUGUAAACAAUUUUGUAAAUUCAAAUGAUGAUUGUUAUUGUAUUUGAUACUAAAGCCAGUUUAUAACUUGGUGUUUAAUGUCUAGGCUAUGUUAAUUAGUUACCGCCUCAUUUGAUACAUUUUGUAAAUGUUUGGGGUAACCAAUUAAUGUAAGCUAUUUGUAUAUAUCUUUAUUACAUUGAGAA